AUGGGUGUUUUGCGAUUUCCCCGUCCCCGUCCAACAGGCAUCUAUGUCCCUCGUUCGACUACACCCAUUCUCACUACCGAUAUGAUCUCCCCUCCACUAUCGCCUAGUAUCUAUGGCGAGUCGGAUAAUGUCACUGCAUCGAUCAUCCCCGCCCUCGAAUACAUCUCCUCCAAGCUCCAGCAGAAGCUCGUGCAUAUCACCCUAUUGAUCGGCCGGGGAAACCCAUUCCCUGCAUCCAACGCAGGGAACCAGAUAAUGGUUAUCCCCGUCAGCGAUCUAGACGAAGCGUCAUGGCGCCUCCUAUACCGGACCAUAUCCAAGGCUGUCCGAAAAUUCGCACUCGACAAUAGCUGGAUGGACGCUUUGGCCCGGUGUCAACAUGAGCGCGACGCUCACUGGUAUCUCAUUCAGCAAUCCAUCCGGCAGAACGAGGUAGUCUUCAGCAGUGAAGGGUUGACACUGCUGAACAUGGAUCGGAUCUACACAUUCAAGCGCCGACUGUGCAUUCUCUCCCACCGAGAGCUGGAUGUCUCAGAUGACCAUCCAUACAUCGCGUCCUGCGUCCGUCUCCUUCACCGCACCAUCGCCGAUUUCCAAGGCCGCCCAUUCAGCAAAGCCUUUUUCCACCGCGUGUACGAACAAUUGGACGUCCGCGACGAGCACCUCGCCCGCAUAGCGCGCGUAUACCAAUCCGAAUACCAGCAAGAAGGAAUCGUCCUCCCUCGCCCAACCCCCCAACCAAACCACCGCCAACAUCAAUCCCAUUCAGCCACAGCAGCUCGCGCCCGCCGAAUGCCGGUCCGCCCAGUUCGACGAUACGGCCCUCCACCGACCUCAUCCAUUUCGCCGAAGCAAGGCAAACGGGGCCCCAAGACGCCGUUGUCUGCGUCAGAUGUCACGCCUAUUACGCGAAACGAGUGGAAUUUGCUCGUGGCGGGCGAGAUUCAGCGAGCGAAGGCUAGUGUUACGAAAUGGACGCCGUCGCCGACGGUUAUGGCGGCUGCGUGA